AUGGACGCAUUGAAACUUCUUACUACGAAUGUCAAAUUCAAGCAUAAACCAGUGGAGAAGGAAGUAGAAAAGAAACAGGAAAUAAGAAAUGAGUUAUUUACUGGUGGAAAGGUGAAGGUAACCGGGUCCAAUCCCAUAGAUCCUGUGGUUGAAUUUCCGGAUUCCAUAUUCAAAGAAAAUCUGGAUAAGCAACAUGUUGAGGACUGCUCUGCUAUUCAAAGGUAUUCUAUCCCUAUUCUUUCAAUGAAGCGCGACUUGUUAGCUUGCGCUCCUACUGGAUCAGGAAAAACAAUUGCUUACCUGUUUCCUAUUCUCUACUCUCUUCAGUCCCAUGUUGAAGGCGGUUACAGAGCACUCAUAAUUGCUCCCACAAAGGAUUUGUGCGAACAAAUUUAUAAGCAAGCAAAAAGACUUACAACGAAUUCUUCUAUUCAUGUGACCGAGUUGAAUAAAUCGAACGAAAAGAUUCAAGAAAAGUCUCCUCAGUUGCGUGAGAAGUAUGAUAUAUGUAUAAGUACACCAAUGAGACUUAUUCAUGCCUUGAGGAGUGGAUUAAAGCUGGACAAAGUCGAAUACAUUGUGAUGGAUGAGGCUGACCGCCUUUUUGAGGAAGGAUUUGUAGAGCAAACAGAUGAGAUUUUAAGUGCAUGCACCCAUCCAAAGGUAUGCAAAAGUCUUUUUUCUGCUACUUUACCUUCUACUGUUGAAGAGUUGGCUCAAACUAUAGCCCGCGAUCCUUUGCGUGUCAUCAUUGGUACGAAGGAUACCUCAAAAACAAUUGAUCAAAAGCUUCUUUUUGUUGGUUCCGACGCUUCAAAGAUAGUUAUUUUCCGUCAAAUGAUAGCAAACGGCGAAAUUAAACCACGGGUUGUUAUUUUCGUCCAAGAUAUAGAGCGCGCGAAAGCUCUUUAUGCAGAAUUAAUGUUUGAUGAAAUUCACGCUGGCGUUAUACACGGUGAGCUUCCUGAGGUUAAACGGGAAGAAGUCCUCAAUAAAUUCCGUCAUGGAGAUAUUUGGGUACUUAUAGCCACCGAUCUUUUGGCAAGGGGUAUUGAUUUUCAUGGCGUCAAAAUGGUAAUUAAUUUUGAUUUUCCUCAAAGUGUGCACAGUUACAUCCAUCGCAUUGGUCGUACGGGCCGAGCCGGUCACUCAGGUAAAGCCAUCACAUUUUUCACCAAGGACGAUAGUGAGUAUGUAAAGCUUGUUGCAGGAGUUAUGAAAGCUUCUGGUUGUGAAGUUCCUGAAUGGAUAUUGUCGCUUCCAAAACCCUCGAAGGAAACAAAGAAAAAGCUUAAGAAGUCUCCACCUAAGAGAAAAAAAAUAACUACUCGAGCCUCUUAUGACAGACAUAAAGAGCUGAGGAAAAAAGAACAUAUCAAAAAGCUUAAGCGCGAUGCUUCUAUUGCGAAACAAAAAAACAAAGAAGGAUCUCCUUAA